GCCGGCCGCGCCCGCGGCGUCCUCCCAGCCGCCGCGGGCGCUUCAUUAAUCGGGCGCUGGCGAAAGCGCGCGCGCGGCCCUCGGUCCCCGAGCCGGAAGCUUCGCGAUGCAGUGUUUCCCGGGGCUUACCCAGUCCGAAACGCGUGGGGCUUCAGUGACGCUUGGAGGGGGGGGCGGGGGUGUCCGGACGAGACCCGCUCCCGCGGCCGCGCGCGAAGGCGCACGGCCCCCGGAGUAAUGGAGACAAGCCGGGGGCGGCUCGCUUGGGCCCGGACUUCUCGGCUCUGGUUUUCUCGCCCGUAAAUGAGGGUGGGAGAGAAUCACCGUUUACGGAGGCCGUCACCCUUAGAAGUGUGCAAAGCUUUCAGCCCCUCAUUUGGUGGGUAAGGAAACCGGAGCAUGAAGAUGGGUUGGGAUUAGGUCCCCCAGCUAAUCCCGAGAAUUGAAUCCGCGCCUCGGCAAGGGGUGCUUGGACCGUUUGCUUCACUCUGUCUCCGUAUCUCGUGAUGCUCUUUGCUGAGGCUUCUCACCCCAAACCCCCACGGCGUGAAAAAGAAUAAUCGUGGUUGGACAAAGCAGUUUUUUACCCACAAGUAACCCUUUUUUUUUUUUUUUUUUAAAUCAAUGCCAAUAGAAACAUUUUACAACUUUUCUGUCUCCCCAAAGAUAAUUUUUUUAAAGAUGGUGUCACGUAUAGCAGGUCUCUUAGUUACUAUUACGAUAGUACGUGGAGAUUGUUAUUUAUUGGAAAAAUUAAACUUAUUUUUCAUUCUUUGAUGAGGUAAUUGUUGUCCAGAAUGAAUUCCAGAAAUAGGAUGUAAUUGUUGAAUAUAAGUUCGAUCUUCGUUAGGCUGCGGAGUAACACUUCUUCCCCAUCAUCCCGGUCCUUAUUAUCCCUGCGAACGCUAGCUGGUAUAAUGACAACAGAAACCCUAAUUAUAAAUCGAUAGCAGCCAGGGGAGCAACGGUUUGGGAGUGCAGUGGUUGGGAGUCUGUCUCAGAGUCAGGAGCACCUGGAUUCAGGUUCUGCCUUAGAUAACUACUGCCUGAGUGACCCUGUCGAGGUCACUGCACUUCUCAAAGACUAUAGUUGUGCAACAGUUGCACAUUUACAGAGGUAGAGAUGGUUUUUUCACCCGGAAUUCCUAAAAUCCAUGAAAUCAGUAGUGUGACUCUCCUCCGCUUCCCCAGCAGGAACAUUUUGUUCCUUGAUCCUAACUCAUUUGAACACUUGUUCUUUGUGAUCCAAAAAGUGUUUGAAUUCUGAAUGGUAAGAGCAGGUGAAAAUGUAGGUAACUAGAUUAUGUAUAGACAAGAAAGAAAUGAUACAAAACUUGUAGAAUUUUAGCCAAACCAAACCAAAAACAAAAAACCAAACCCUUUCUAGCAGAUCAUCCUCUGCUAGAAUCACCAGAACUCCUCAAGAUAGCAUGGAUGCAGCUCUGAACUCACCAAAGCCUGGCAAGGCAGUGGUGUUCAUAUAUGACAGCCUUGAGUAUUUUGUUAUUUUCGCAUACUGUGUCAAAUCUGACAUGACAUUUUCAUCUUUAAGGAAUUGCUCUGUGGUCACCACUUGGAUGAAUAUGAACAUUCUUAGGAUACCUGAAUUUUCAAUCUCUAUAAAUGAAUAAACAUUCAGUAUAAUUUGGAGUGAUGCUGAGAUUCCAAGAAGCUGCCAAAUGUGUGACUGUAUCAACAGCUGUCUCCACUCCCUCAAAGACUUUGAUUGCAAGACGUUAUGUUCUUCAACAGAAGCUUGGAAGUGGAAGCUUUGGGACAGUUUAUCUGGUUUCAGAUAAGAAAGCAAAACAAGGAGAAGAAUUAAAGGUUUUAAAGGAAAUAUCUGUCGGAGACCUGAAGCCAAAUGAAACAGUUCAGGCAAACUUGGAAGCACAGCUCCUCUCUAAACUUGACCACCCAGCCAUCGUCAAGUUUUAUGCCAGCUUCGUGGAGCAAGAUAACUUCUGCAUCAUCACCGAGUAUUGUGAGGGUCGAGAUCUGGACUAUAAAAUUCAAGAGUACAAAGAAGCUGGGAACACCUUUCCUGAAAACCAGAUAAUAGAAUGGUUUAUUCAGCUGUUACUGGGAGUGGACUACAUGCAUGAAAGGAGAAUACUUCACAGGGACCUGAAAGCAAAAAACAUUUUUUUGAAAAAUAACCUACUCAAAAUUGGGGAUUUUGGAGUCUCCCGGCUCUUACUGGGAUCAUGUGACCUGGCAACAACUUUCACUGGGACACCAUACUACAUGAGUCCAGAGGCUCUGAAACAUCAAGGCUAUGACACCAAGUCUGACAUUUGGUCACUGGCAUGCAUUCUGUAUGAGCUGUGCUGCAUGAAUCAUGCAUUCACUGGUCACAAUUUCUUAUCCAUUGUUUUAAAAAUCGUUGAAGGUGACACACCUUCUCUUCCUGCUAGAUACCCAGCAGAGCUGAAUUCCAUCAUGCAAAGCAUGUUGAACAAGAGUCCUUCAUUGAGACCGUCAGCAUUAGAAAUUUUAAAAAUCCCUUACAUCGAUGAGCAACUGCAGAGCAUGAUGUGUAAAUAUACCAGCAUGACCGUGGAAGAUAAGAAUUUGAACUGUCAGACAAAAUCAGAUCAUCUCAUUAAUGUCAUGCAAAGAAAGAUCCAUCUACAAACCCUGCGGGAACUGUCUGAAGUACAGAAAAUGACUCCCCGAGAGAGAAUGAGACUAAGGAAGCUCCAUGCAGCUGAUGAGAAAGAAAAGAAGCUGAAGAAGUUGGCUGAAGAAAAAUACGAGGAGAACACCAAGCGAAUGCAAGAAUUGCGAUCCCGGCACCCUCCACCCUCAAGGGCAGACGCUCCAUAUGAAUCUGAUGAACAGGCUUCAGGACAUUUGAUUGCAUCUGAGCCAAGUGGAAAGGAGACCCCAGCAGAGCUGUCCCUGCCUCAUGCUCAGCCAGUGACCUCCUGGGGCUCUGCAGGACAGGAGCCAAGUCAGGAGGCAGCUUCAGACAGUCUAUCUGCGUGUGAACUAGAGAAUCAUGAGAUCCCGGAAGAUCCUUUAGAAGCUGAAGAGUAUUAUGUGGAUGUCUUUGACUCCUGUUCCGAAGCGAGUGAUGAGGAUCAAAUAGAAGAGGUGAUAGAGGAGGAGGAAGAGGAGGAGGAGGUGGAGGAAGAGGAGGAAGAGGAGGUGGAAGAGGAGGUGGAGGAAGAAGUGGCAGAGAGCACUUACAAGACCAGCCAUCAGGACAGUGACCUUGAGGCAUUGGUCAAGUGUUUGGAAAACGUCCUGGCAUGCAGUUCCCUAGGUACGAGGACUGUCACCAGAUCAGCUCUAGUCUUGCCCCAGGGACCAAGCCCUCUCAACAACACUGUGUCUGAAACCAAGAUCAAACUGAUGAGAGAAUCGGCCAUUCAGAAGCUGGGCCUGGAAGUGUUUGAGACAGUCUACAGCUACCUCAAGAAGGCCAGGAGACAGAAUGCCGGCGAAGAGGAGAUCAGGCAGUCCCUGGAAAAAGUGGUGCCGCGAGCCAGCGACUGUUUUGAAGUGGAUCAGCUCAUCUACUUCGAGGAGCAGUUGUGUAAGACUACAAGGGAAGAUUCUGAGCUCUAGAACCAUUUUUAA